GCCAUGCAAUCCGACGAUCUCUUCCUCCGCAAAAUGCGGGGUCCCCUGGCCCGCCCUCCCCUUUCCACCACCCCCCCCGUGACAAUUGGGGGGGGGAUCCCCUCUCCGCCCCCCUCCCCUGGGGCAGCCGCCCCCCGGCAGCGCAGCAGCAGCGAGGCCGCGCUGGGGAGACCCCCGGAGGAUGGGGAGGGGUCUCCGAGGGGGGCAUCCCCCCGUUCCCGCAGCCAAAGCCACGAGGAGGCGGCGGGGGGGGGGUCCAGCCUCACUCCCCCCCGUUUCCGCGACCCCCUCCUGCUGCUGGGGCUGCCGGGUGGGGAUGGGGAGGGGGGAGACCCCGAUUCCUUCCCCCGCCCACCCUGGAGCCCCCUCCUCGCUCAUUACGACGUUCAGAGCAUCCUCUUCGAUCCCACCGAGCCCCCCCCGGGACCCCCCAGCCUCAUCUCGGGGGCUUCUGCCGCUCACCUGGAGCCCGAGGAGCCCCCCGGGACCCCGGGGGUCGCCCCCGACCCCGAGGCGCUGGUGCUGAGCUGCCCCCGCUUCUGCUGCGAGACCGGCGGGGAGCAGGAAUUGGGGCUGGGGUCCCACAGGGGUCCCCCUGGGCCGGGGCAGCUCCCGAACGCGGCCGUGGCGGUGCUGGAGGAGCCCCCGGCCGGGGCGCGACCCCCGCACCCCAUCGAGCACAGCGACGAGGGGGCCGAGUAUUACCGGAAAUAUUUCUAUGGGAAAGAGCACCAGAACCUGCUGGGCGAGGACCCCCGGCUGGGGCCCGUGGCCGUGUCCCUGCGGAGGGAGGAGAAGGAGGGGGCGCGGCCGCAGGUGCUGCACAGAAUCAUCCUGCGCACCUGCCAGGCGCGGACCCUGCGGGGGUCGGUGCUGGAGGAGUCGCUGCCCCCCGGCUGCCGCCCCCCCGGGGCUCGGGGGGUUCCCCCGCGGAAGCUUCUGGAGCUGCUGCUGCCCGGGCUGGCCGUGGGGGGGCUGCGCCUCGCCCCCUCCCCCGCCGUGCAGGAGACCCUCCUCAAAUUGGACGAGCAGGGGGUGAGCCGGCAGCGCAAGGUGGGGGUGCUGUACUGCCGGGCCGGGCAGGGCUCCGAGGAGGAGAUGUACAACAACGAGGGGCCCGGGCCCGCCCUCGAGCAGUUCCUGACCCUGCUGGGCACCCGCGUGAGGCUGCGCGGCUUCGGGGGAUACCGGGCACAGCUGGACACGAGGACCGACUCCACGGGCACGCACUCGCUCUACACCACGUACCACGGCUACGAGCUGAUGUUCCACGUCAGCACCAUGCUGCCCUUCACCCCCCGCAACCGGCAGCAGCUGCUGCGGAAGCGCCACAUCGGGAACGAUAUCGUGACAAUCGUGUUCCAGGAGCCGGGCGCGCUCCCGUUCUCGCCGCGCGCGCUCCGCAGCCACUUCCAGCACGUGUUCAUCGUGGUGCGCGUGCACGAGCCCUGCACCCCCAACACCUCCUACAGCGUCGCCGUAGUCCGCCCCGACGACACCCCCCCCUUCGGUCCCCCCCUGGCCGAGGGGCAGCGCUUUUGGGGGGGGUCCGGCCUGCGCCCCUUCCUGCUGGCCAAGGCAAUCAACGGCGAGAACGCGGCGGCGCGGGGGGGGCGCCUGGGGGCGAUGGCAGCGCGCACCCGCCGCCAGUACCUGCUGGAGCUGCUGCGCCUGCACGGGGGGGGUCCCGCCCUCCCCGCGACCCCCAGGGGCCUCCCCACCCUCGGGGGGCUCCCCACGCUCGGGGGGCUCCUCCUCCGGGGGGGUUCCGCUCACGGAGGGGGUGGGGGGGGACAUCAACAUCCGCACCCGGUGCCGGCGGGGGCGUUGGUGUGGGGGGCUCGGGUCCGAAAUGGGGCGGGGGGCUCGGAGCUGCCGUGUCUGCUCGGGGUGGCUACUGAGAGGAUCGUGUUGGUGGCCGCGCCUGCCGGGGCGGUGUGCGAUGGUGGGGAGGGGGUGGGGGGCGUUGCCAACUCGGUGAAGCCCCCCCAGGCUCCCCCAAAUUCAGCGCAGCCGGGGGAGUCCCCGCGCCAUGCUCCGGGGGAGGUCGCCACUCGGGAGGGUCUGGUAGCCACCCAAGGGGGUUCGGUCGCCACUCGGGAGGGUCUGGUAGCCACUCGGGAGGGUUCGGUCGCCACCCGGGAGGGUCUGGUAGCCACUCGGGAGGGUUCGGUCGCCACCCGGGAGGGUUCGGUCGCCACUCGGGAGGGUUCGGUCGCCACUCGGGAGGGUCUGGUAGCCACCCAGGGGGGUUCGCUCGCCCUCCGAGAGGGUCUGGUCUCCACCCAGGGGGGUUCAGUCGCCACUCGGGAAGGUUCGGUCGCCCCCCGAGAGGGUCUUGUCGCCACCCAGGGGGGUUCAGUCGCCACCCAAGGAGGUUCGCUCGCCCCUCGGGAUGGUCUUGUCACCACCCAGGGGGGUUCGGUCGCCCCCCAGGGGGGUUCGGUGGCCCCCCCGCCCCCCGGGACCCUUUUCAGCUGCGCGUGCCGGGACGUGCUGGGCUGGGCGUUCUCCGAGGGGCGCCUGGAGAUUUUCCACGGCGCGGGCGAGUGGCUCGCGCUCAGCUUGCCCCGAGGGGCCGCCCCGCUGGUGGUGGCCAGGCUGCAGGCCGUGACCCGCGGCUGCGAGGCUCAGGAGCUGGCUCUGCCCAGGGGGGCCGGGGGUCGCCGGGGGUUCCGCGUGGACCCCUCGGGGGUGGUCACGGCCGUGACCCGGUUCUCGUUCGCCGAGACCGCGGGGCUGCGGCCGGGGGCGCGGCUGCUGCGCGUGGGGCGCCGCCCCCUCCCCAGGGGAGACCCCCGGAGGCUCCGGGAGCUGCUGAGGAGACCCUCGGGACCCCUGACCCUGCUGCCCCCAGAUCGCGACGGGAGACCCCGGCGGAGUUUCUCGGAGCUCUACGCCCUCUCCCUGCAGCAGGGCCGGGGCUCGGGGGGCGACCCCAGCCCCGGGGACCCCCGAGGGGACAUCGGCGACACCAGCAGCGACUCGGGGGGCGACAGCGACGGGGGGGGCGCGGGGGGGCCCCCCCUCGCUGACCCCACCCCGGAUUUGCUGCUGUCACAUCACAGCCCCGGCCCGGCCGGAGACCCGGGUCCCCCCCCGGAUCCCCCCGAGCCCGGCCCGGCUCCCCCCGUGCGACCCCCCCUGGGCAGGGUUCUCUCGGGCUCUGGGGACCCCCAGGAGGACGAGUGGGACGUGAUCGCCGGGCUGGCCACGGCCUGCAGCGGGGUCCUGGAGGCCAUCGCCGGGGGGGCCAUCGCCAGGGGGGGUCACCAACUGCGGGAACUCCCCAACAUCGGGGUCCAGCAGAGCCCGGAGACCCCCGAGGAUGAGUCCCAGAGUCUCUCCGAGAAGGUGGCGCAGCUCGAGGCGGCGCUGAAGCGGCUGCAGGGGGAUCUGCAGGAGGACGCGCAGCAGCGGCUCCGGGCCGAGCUCCUCGGGCUCCGCCGCAGCUCCCGGAGGCUCCAGCGGGGCCGGGAGGAGCCCAAGGAGCGGCCGGGCCGGGUCCCGGGGCUGCUGCGACCCCCCGAGAGCCCCCCGGGGGACCCCUGAGACCCCCUUGGGACCC